AGGGUAGCCCCGGGGCACUGAAUCGAGCCGGGGCCGACCUCAAACAUCUGCAUGUCGCGUUCGCCAGGACACGCCAUAUCAGGCCAGAUAGUAGCCUGAUUACACCUAUGCAGAUAUCUGUGUUGACGGCAAUUGAUCACGCCCCAAAACAACGCCUAUGCAGGAUGUUGGUCGGUCAAUUUCGUGACUUGAGACGAGCACGUUUUAGCCUGCCGUCAAGCGCUAUUGCUCGAAUAGAUUGCACAUAACAUGUAAAUAAGUGGCAGAGUUUGUAUCCCGCUCUGCAUUUUGUUUGGGGCCUCCUUGGCGUGCGGGUUUGGCACGCGGUGAAACCCCCCUGAUGUCCUGUACACAUCAGUUAGGGACGGCGUGGUGGUCCUUAAAGUACUAUCUAUCAGAGGGUUUUGGGUGCCGUCAUGUUGGCGCCUCCCUGGGGACACGAUUUGUCAUGGAGUGGGACGCGAAUGGAGACGGCGCAAUAUCCACGUAGGCCGACGAUGCAAUCUAGCAUGCUGGAAGGGACCAAUGCAACCUCAGGAACUGAUGAACGCACCCUCGCCCACGUCUACAGCCCUGGAGCACAAGCCUGGGGCGUAAGGAGCCCGCAAAACCUAGCCCUUCACUCGACGCAUGACACGACGCGUGUCAUUUGACAACUGUCAAUACACACCUGCCCUUGCCGAUGGUGACCGGCAGCAACGUGACCACCGCCGAGCCCGGCCCGCCGCCCCGCGAGCUGACGUGGCAGAACAGCCGACCAACUUCACAUGGUGCACGGGUGAAUGCGUUGCGGAGCUCGUGGUUCUCAGGCAAGGCCAUAAGUGCGCGUACACGCGCUGAUGCGUCCUGAAUUUCCAGCCACUGGAACUCAUUGCUGGUGAUUGUGAGGAAAAAGUCCGGUGUUCGUCCUAGCAAGGAACACGCCGCUUUGGCCUGGUUAAGGUGGUUUAGGAAGUACUUAGGGCAGCCGGGGAUUGUGGGGGGUAGAGCUAGGCGCAUGCGCUGGCAGUCUUGUGCAGACAGAGCGAACGAGUUGGUUGCACGUCCUGACACUUGGCACGAUGUUGUGCUGCGGCCCAGCUGUUGUUUAAGCGACAGCUGGUAUGUUUCUAGUAUCCACGCAGGAUCCAGGCGUGUUGGCAACAGCAUCGGCCUCUGACAAACCAAACCGCUGCUCCUGUGGAAAUCCGAACGACGAUAAACUAGAAGAGAAAGUGAUGAUGCAGAAUGUGGUUGCCGGAACGGGCUUGUCGCCACUGCCUCGGCCUCCGCGCAAGCCUUACAUGUGCGCCGCCCGCAUGUCCACCCUUUUUGGGGACUCGAUUGUAACGCCUUCAGCAAAGCGCAGGACACUUGCGCAUGCCCAAGAACUCUAUCAAUAUCAGGUCACCGUCCUGUUUAGUCGUUUCGGAGACAAAAGCGUCUGCCGUCCAUUGUCUGACUGAGCCGACCGCCUCUUGGAGUGUUUACGGGCUCCCCAAGAGUCUAUAGUAGUACGCACGUUGUUGUCUAUUAAAACAACUGCACGUAGACGCCGAGGCCGUGAGCGCCCGAACAAACGUUUGACACCGGCCGGGUUUGUCUGUACUGCCAAUGUCCUGCUAUUGAUAGGUAAUGGUAGCCUCUAUGUCGGGUGUCUGCUGCUGGUUCUCUGCUGUAAGAACCCGGCACG